GUUAUUUUUCAUCAAGGACGAUCGUUUUUUUUCUUCUUAUCUCUAGUUUAAACUUGUAUGCCCACACCAGCUUAUAUAUUUUCAACUUUAGACGACGAACCUAUUGUACCUAGCCUGAGCGACUUUCAAACAAAAGCCAGCUCUGUUAUGGAUCACCAGAAUACGAGUACCACGUUACGUACAUCAGCCAAGAAGCCCACUGCGGAAGACGAGCUUGAAGAACUCGAAUUAGAUUCCUUCAUUUCAGACAAGAAAAAGACGAGAGAUUUCUAUAACGAAGAUGAACAGGAACCACAGACUUUAAAUAAGCGUGAUUAUGGCAACUUUAGUUUGCUUGUUGUAUUAUAUUUAUUACAGGGCAUUCCCAUUGGACUUUGCUUUGGCUCGAUUCCUUUCCUUUUAAAAGCCAAGCUUUCAUAUUCCCAAAUCGCCAUCUUUUCAUUAUCGUCGUGGCCUUAUUCGUUAAAACUAUUAUGGUCGCCUAUCGUAGAUGCAGUCUACUCAACUAAAUUGGGGCGACGUAAAUCAUGGAUUGUUCCCAUUCAGAUAUUAACAGGCGUGUUAUUCUAUAUACUCGGUAAUCAUAUCGACAGUAUGAUGAGUCAAGAUCAUGUGCCUAUUUAUGCCUUGACAUAUUCUUUCUUGUCAACGAUUUUCUUUUGUGCGACCCAAGAUAUUGCAGUGGAUGGUUGGGCUUUAACAUUAUUGUCAAAGGACAGUCUGUCGUAUGCUUCAACAGCACAAACUAUUGGUUUGAACUGUGGUUACUUUUUAUCAUUUACGGUCUUCUUAUCAUUUAAUUCAUCAGAAUUCAGUAACAAAUAUUUACGUUCCAUCCCUCAAGAUGAAGGUGUAUUGGGAUUGGGCGCUUACAUGCGUUUUUGGGCAAUUAUGUAUAUGCUGGUCACUGCCUAUCUUGUCCUCUGUAAGAAAGAAAAUGAAGUGAAGGAUGAUGAAGCUGAAUUAGGUAUUCGCGGUGUUUAUCACACGAUCUGGAAAAUCUGCAAAUUACCACAUAUGCGGUCUUAUGUUGGCGUUUUAUUAGUCUCAAAAAUCGGGUUUAUCUGUCAUGAAGCAGUAACUUCAUUGAAAUUAUUAGAAAAAGGCUUUUCAAGAGAAGAUCUUGCCCUUUCUGUCCUGUUGGAUUUCCCCCUUCAAAUCUUUUUUGGUUAUUAUGCCGCUAAAUGGUCCAAUGGCAAGCGCCCUUUAAAGCCUUGGCUUUAUGCAUUUUAUGGUCGUUUGGCAUGCUCUGCAUUAGGGAUGUUAAUUGUGGCUGGCUAUCCCCAAGGUCAACCUGUGAGCGCAUUCUAUUUCGGUAUGAUCAUGUUGUCAACUGUGCUUAGUUCAUUCAUGUCAACAGUACAAUUCGUAAGCAUAUCCGCCUUCAUGACAAGUAUCGCAGAUCCAGUGAUUGGUGGAACGUACAUGACAUUAUUAAAUACUUUUAGUAACUUUGGUGGUACUUGGCCCAAGUUUUUUGUGCUUGAGGCAGUGGAAUAUUACACAAUUAAUACAUGUUCAGUGGUGAAUAAAGAGGGAGGAUAUGAUUCAUGUUCAACAGAAGAAGGAAAGGAUCUGUGUAAAGCAUUGGAUGGAACAUGUGCUAUUGUUCAAGAUGGUUACUAUAUUGUCGGUACAAUCUGUGUAGUGUUGGGAUUGGUCAUGCUAUUAGGUUACAUCAAGCCUAUCGUAAAACGUUUAGAAAGAUAUCCAAAGCAAAUGUGGAGGUUAAAUUCUGAUUCCAAAUAAAUCCCGGCCGUACAUAAAAGCCGAUUUUGCCGGUUUUUACGAUUUACUAUAAAUGGCAAAUAAAAAAUAUCCCCCCCACACUCCCAAACCACAUUUUGAU